AUGGCGAGAUCUGAUGAAGAGAAAGGAAGUGUUAUCAAUGGAUUUUUCAGAGAAGAGGAAACCAGUGAUGGUCUGCAUUAUGUUAUGCAUGACCUAUUGCAUGAUUUGGCAUUGAAGGUUGCAUCGCAUGAUUGUCUUAGUUUACAUUUCUCUGAUGUUGGGCCAGUAGAUAUUCAGCCAUCCACCCACCACUUGUCUAUACGCACAGAGAACUUGGGUGAAUAUAAUGCAGUGUCUUCUCAAAACAUUAAGAGUGAAUUGGAAAAAUUGAAGACAUCAUUGAAGGUUGAACAUUUGCAAACAUUGAUGUUAUUUGGAGAAAUGGAUAAAGGUUUUGCCAAGAUAUUUGGUGAUUUUUUGGGGGAAGGAAAUGCUCUUCGUGUUCUUUAUUUGCCUGACAUGACAUAUCACGUGGAAUUCAUGUUACAUAACUUUUCAGGACUUGUCCACCUACGAUUCCUGUGUCUAGGAUUCCUGUGUCUAGGGACAAAUGAGUGGCAGAUGCAUUUACCACUUGGCAUCCUUAAAUUUUAUCACUUAAGGGUUCUAGAUCUUAAGUCAUGGCAUGGCAGUUGUGAUUUUCCUGAAGACAUGAGCAACCUUGCAAAAUUGUGCCAUUAUUAUACCCCAAGCGAUGAGGAUCUUCAUUCUCAUAUUUAUAAUGUGGGAAAACUUAAACUCUUGGAAGAGUUGAAGCAACUAGAGCAUUUGACCAAGCUAAGGGAGCUUGGCAUCUACAACCUGGAGAAAGUGCAUACAAAAGACGAAGCAGCUCAAGCAAAACUGAUAGAGAAAAACUACUUGAGGAAGUUAACAUUGGACUGGGAUAGUGAUCGAUCUACUGUUGAGCCUGGUGUGGAAGCAAUGGUUCUUGAGAACCUUCGACCGCAUGGAGAUCUUCAAAUGUUGUGCAUUAGAGGGCAUGGAGGCCCUUCUUGCCCAACAUGGCUAGGUGAUGAGCUCGCUGUUGAUGCUCUACAAUCUCUUAGUCUUUAUUGUGUUUCUUGGGGAGUUUUCCCUUCUUUAGGGAAGGCAUGGGAUCUUCGUCAACUAAGAUUGGAGCAUAUUGACAAGCCGAAGGAGUUUACUAUAGAGAAAAGCUUUUGCAUGCUAAUAAAGCUUGAACUAAUUGGCCUAGGAAGUUUUGAUAAUUGGGUUUACCCGGCUGAACAAGAGUCUUCCGUUAGUGGAGACUUGUUGCCACCGGAUGCUCAUAUGUUCCCUCUUUUGCAAGUUCUGAUUAUUCGGGAGUGCCCGGAACUAUUGGGGUUGCCUUUCUUAGAACACAUUGUUUCCCCAGAUUGGUUCCCCAAGCUACAAGAGCUUGAGGUAUGCGACUGUCCCGAAUUCUUGCCAGUGAUUCCCAUCUCCUGGAUGGAAAGUCUUUGUUUUGUCAAGAUGAAAUGUAUAAAGAUGCUAAAGGAGUUAGCGUACUCAAAAUCAUCCAAUGGAGCAGAAUUGGAAAUUAUCGGAGAGGGUGAUCUGCAUAGCAUCGACCAAGUGUUAGUUUUUGAUAAAGAAACUAGUCUUGGGAAGCUGAAACUCGAGAGGUGCCCGCCUCUGGAGUUGAAGCACCUCUUGAUGCUAACCUCGCUAAAGACAUUCAUUGUAAGAAAAUCAAAUGGUCUGGUUGGACCACUAGGAGGUCAGGGUGAUGUGGAAUGGCAGCUCCCAGUUGAGAUUAUCACGAUGUGGGAGUUAAAUGGUAAUAAUGAAAUAAGAGCAGCAGAAGAGGAAGAGGAUGAAGGGGUGCUGCUCUUCCCAGCUCAUCUCUUUGACUCACUUCAGGAGUUGGUCAUCUGCGAGUCCCAAGAGCUGGUACUGGUGUUUCUCCUUGCCUGUGGCCGGCUCAAGGAAUUACAAGUCAUUGGAAGCCAUAGGUUCUUUGCUGGUUGGGUUCCCAAUCCCUGGCGGGAGCCUGUUUCAUCCACAUUGCAGGAGCUCUGCACGGAUGAUGCCAGGGGACUUCUUAGUGCACCUAUCUGCAGCUUCCUAUCUUCCUCCCUCACCAAGCUGGAACUUGGUGGGAUAGGGUCUGAAGGGAUGAAGCGCUUCAGCAAGAAGCAAGAGGCCGCCCUUCAGCUCCUCUCCUCGCUCCAGCAACUUAAGUUUUUGUGUUUCCACAGUCUUCAGCAACUCCCUGCAGGGCUGCACAAGCUUACCAGUCUCGACAAAUUAUUGCUCCGCUUCUGCCCAGCUGUCUCGUCGUUGCCCAACGAUGGCCUCCCGGAUGACCUGGUAGAGCUAGAUGUCUCUCGGUGCUGCAACGCUGAGCUGAAAGAGCAGUGCAGGGGGUUAGAGGAAACCAUCCUAUAUGUCAAAAUAGACUGA